CCCUGGCAUCGAACGGAUCGCAUGUGGAUCGCGGUGCCGGAUAUCCACAAUUGACCCCCAAAAAGAGCUGUCUUUUGGCCAAUUGGACCACAACUUGGGCAUCGUGAUCGCGCCUCAAUCGCAAGAUCACCGUUUUCCCGAGGAAUUCACACUGUGAUCUGUGGCAUUAGCGUUGUUUGUGCUUGUUCUGUGAUCACCUCAGAGACUGCAUUGGUUCUUUUUCUCCCAACGCGAGUGCAAUGAUCGUGGCGCGAUGGAUCUGUGAAUGACAGUGGCUUGAUCGCGACAUGCAACUCCAUGGAUUAAAUCUCACAUAGUACCGCAACGCAGAAGAAAAUCAUGAGUCGUCAAGAACGUACUUUUCGAAAUGGCAUAGAACUCAAUAAUAUGUCAUCACCGAAGAAUUCACGGGAGGAGAGACGAUAUUCAGUGCCUCAUCAUGGUCCAAAUACUCCACUUCCGCCGCCAGCAUCGGAGGAUUUGCACGCGUGGUCGAUCUACAGACCUGAGGCAUUUUACAGGCAAAACCUCAACUCGGACUUUACCGACUCGGCUCUGGGUUCAUCCGACAAGUCUCCACUGCCAUAUGGGAAUUUCCAGCUGAGAGACACCACAGUCCAGUCAAUUCUCAAUCAUCCACGCUACGGACCCAAGUCUCCUUUGGGCUCCAACAUGUACACUUACCUUAAAUUCGGGCUGCCACGCGUUUUCCCGCCCAAUGCGGGCUCCCAGAGGUCUCACAAUCGACCCAACGGAGCCGCCGGCGGCCGAGGGAGAGUGAACAGAGGAUACCGGGAGAGUCAGCCGAUCGGAGGCGCCAGCAGUGGCUACGACAGCAGCGACAAUGAGACGACACGCGGCAGAGUACCGCCGAAUCUGCGCAAGUUCCGCAGCGAAAGCGAUUUUAGGGCGCUGGGAGUGGUUUCGGGAUCACGACCCAGCUCCAGGGCACACGGAAAUAUCCCUCUGGCGGCCCUGAAGCAAGCCCAUAGUCGCGCUAGCAUUGCCGGAACGCACUUGAAUCACCACAACUCACGUCAUUAUGGCAAUAGGUCGCAUAGUGAAGCGGAUCUCCUUGGCCAGGACACUUACGACUACGAUUCCAGACUCUACGCCCCGUCCAGGGCACGAUCAGACCAGGUUCUGCUGUCCAGGAGGCAAUCGCCCAUGGGAUUAGUGUAUCCCAAUAUCCAAGUGCAUUCUCUGGACGUGGUGCCGGGAGUCAGGGGGGUUUCUCUGCAGGCGAAGGCCGGGGAUCUCUUUGCAAUUAUGGCCACGUCUCAGAAAGAAGGCACAGCACUUACGGAAGCUCUGGCUGGGCUGCGACAACGCUUGGGCGGAGAGAUACUGGUCAAUGGACAGCACAUCACGCAGCGAGGACUCCGUGAUCUCUGUGGUUACGUGUCGGCCCCCGAUCGCGCCGCUCUAGAUCCGCGGAUGAGUGUCCAAAGCACGUUGAGCUUUCAUGCGAAUCUUCGAGGUCCGGCAGACAGGAGUGAUCUCAAGGAGAGAAUUGACAUUCUUAUCGAAGAUCUCGGCUUGACAGCCGUGCGGACGGCCAAUGUGUCCCGAUUGACGCACUCGGAGCGACAGCGUCUCAGCGUGGCGUGCCAAUUGUUGACCCAGGCCAGCGUGCUAGUUCUAGAUCAGGCCACCACGAGCAUGGACAUCUUCGACACCUUCUUUCUGGUCGAGUACCUCAGACAGUGGUGCAGCAGCGGCAGGAUCGUGAUAAUGACCCUGCAGCCGCCGACCUUCGAGAUACUCUCCAUGUGCUCAGGCGUGCUGCUGCUCUCUGGAGGACGGACUGUCUUCUCGGGCAGUCGCUCGGAUCUGCCGCGCCACAUGGGUACGCUCGGGUACCCGUGUCCGCCCUUCAAGAACCCAGCAGACUACUAUCUGGACCUCGUGACUCUGGACGACCUCUCGGCCGCCGCCAUGCUGGAGUCCUCGGCCAGGAUCGACUCCCUGGCCUCCGCCUGGGAGCAAGUCAACGCCGAACUGCCAAUAAGCGCUCCACCAGCUGCAAUGCCCAACUUCACGAAGCGCGCAGGAGUGUUCAAGCAGAUCACAACGCUGUGCAAAAGGUACAUUGUGUACAAGCAACCGGGAUCUCUGCUCUCCUGGAUCAGCAGACUCAUCGCCGCCGCUGUACUCUCGCUCUGCAUCGGCACAAUCUUUUGGGACGUGCCAGCAUCUGAUCCGCAGUUGACGCAGAACGAUCGUCUCGGCUAUCAUCACUGCAUCAUGGCCGUAGCGUUCUGGCCACUGCUUUUGCUCGCCAUUCGCGAUGCACACGAGGAUCGCGAGCACGCGGAACGGGAGAUCUCGCUGCGGCUCUACUCGCGCCCGCUCUACAUCAUCGUGCAGAGCGUCUUGAGCGUGAUGCCCAGUCUCUGCAUCUGGUUGGCCUAUCUCCUGCCCGCGCACAGCAUGGCCGGCCUGUACUCCUACACCACGAGCAGCGAUCGCGGGAUUUACAUUUACAUGGGUUACAUGCUCCUGUAUUUGAUGGCCAUACAAGCGCUCGCCCUCUUUGGGACCCAUUUCUUCUCCACCAAGACGAGCGCUGGCGUCUUCACGGGCUUCGUGAUGCUCGCUGUGAGUUCCGUCGGUGGCUACUCCAUCCACUCUGCCUCCAUUCCGUCCUUCUGGAAGUGGGUGGAGCUGCUGUCGCCGGAGCGCUGGCUUCUGCCCGUUCUGGCUGAGGAUGAGUACAGCGCUGAAACAAUUGCUAACACUGCUGGUCUUCAGCUCUGCCGGAACAAGCAGGUACAACACCAGGAGAUCAUCGUUCAGCAGCCGUGUCCUCCGCCAAAUGGAACGCAGAUUCUGGCAGAUCACCUGCUCCUGCCACGCAACCACGUCCUAGAUCCUCAGGACAUGCAAGAGUCGACGUUGAUAGCAUUAAUUGUGGCAGCUUGUCUCCUCUUCCUGCUCGCCUUCAUGGCCUUCAGUGUCAACACAUGGCGACUGUUUUCACGCAAGAAGAGAAGCUCCAAGGAGAGAUAGACAAUCUUAAGGGAAUUCAUUCAUUUAACACAUUCGGAUUUUUUGCUCUUCAAUAUACAAAUUUUCAGAGAAA